GCACAACAAUAGUAUAAAUUCACUUCCUGUUGUGAUAAUUCCUCAAUGCCUAUGUUUUAGAGACGUAUACUUUGGUUGGACGAGAAUAAUGGGCAAGGAAGUCGACUUACUUAAUGCUGUAAAGAAUAACGACCAACAGAAAUUACAGAAACUGUUGUUACCUGACAAAGGCUAUCAGGUGAAAAAAACAACCGCGUCAUCAUCAAUGCGCAUGCCUGGAGGUCGUAUCCGUGUGAAGCUUGACCACAUCAACAUCAAUUGUCGUGAACCGACGGGUUCCUCAGGAUACACGCCGCUCAUCCUUGCCGUUCUUAACGGUAACAAGGAUGUAGCAGAGACCCUGCUCUUUCACUCUGCAGACGUCGAUUUCCCUGACAGCAAAGGUAACACCCCACUCCAUUUAGCUGUGUUCGCGGGACAGACCGACAUGAUGGACUUACUACAUCAGAAUAAAGCUAAGAUAGAUGUUCAGAACAGCGACGGAAAUACUCCAGUUCACAUCAUAUCCCAAUGCGUCUACGACCACCGAAUCAACGUCAUGCUGAAAUUACUCCAGAUGUCACCAACCAUUUACAUUAGGAAUAAAGCACGUGCCACACCGCUUGACGUAGCAGCCAUGUUCAACAAAAAAGACAUCAUUUCCAUCAUGCUUGACCACGACCCAUCACUGAAGUACAACACGACGGCCAUCAUAGAGGCGGCUAUCCGUGGUUACGGUGAGAUCGUUCAGCUUCUGUUGGACUACGGGGUCAGUCCAAACGGCAUCAGUGACCUUAAGGAGACUGGACCUUUGCAUGAAGCCACAAGGUUUUGUAGAAUUGAAGUAGCUAAGAUCCUCUUGAAGUUCGGGGCCAAUCCGGCAGUGCGGAACAUGAACAAUGAGUCGCCUAAAACAAUUGCUAAUGAUCUACCAAAAAUAAAGAGUGAAGAAUUCCUGAAAUUAUUUGAAGAAAUGAGCUUAACAGGCGCUAUAGCUACACCCAGAUUCAUAGAAAGCGAGAAUGGUGAAUUUUUCGCAGCUCCAUCAAAAUGUUAUCCUGAGAUACCUACCGAUCCGUCCUGGACGAGGAAUUCCCCAGAAUACUGUAAUAGCUGUACACCAAACUACCCUAACAUCAACCUGCUAGACGGUAACCUGAGAUCAUUCUGGAUCAUGCAGGAUUCACACCACGCAUGGACCGUGCUGGACUUGCGUCAUAGCCAUACACUCACGGGCAUUACCAUAUAUGGAUGGGAUAGUCCAGAAAUGGUGAAGUGUUUUGAAAUUCAAAGAGGAGUUGAUAUAGAAGGCCCUUGGACAACUACGGGUUCAUUUGUGUGCAAACGAACAGGGAGCAGUAACCCUAAAGAGGAUGCUGUAGCCCAGUCGUUCAAAGAUUUCGAAGCCAGUUCCCGAUACUGGAGAUUACAGGUCCUCGGUAAUUAUGGAGGGAACUACACAUGCUUCCAUGGAAUCGCACUUUGUGGAUCAGAGGACAGGGUGAUGGAAACAAUGGAAAAACUUGGGUUCACGCAGUACAUCGACCGUUUCAUUUGCAAGGGCUGCAACACCUACCGGAAGUUGCUGCUCCAAGACGAUACAGAUUUACAGGAAGUUUGUACGGCCGAUGAUGUGGAGACUUUGUCAAAGGAACUGAAAAGAUUACGGAAAUCAGAAUUCAAACUAUCAAAUCUGAAAUGGAAACACCCUCCACCAUAUUCAAAUCCAGAAAGAGAGGUGAUUCCGGAUAUAGUUGUAACAGGAGAUGUGGGAUGUACUGAUGCAUUAACAAUAUCAGUUGAAGGUGGUUGUGAUAUUUUACACGGGAAUCUGACAGCCAUCCUUGAUACCACUAGCCUGAAAACAGCCCCAACUGCGACAUUUACAGGCGUCACUAUUAGUGCAGAUGGAACUUACAGGAUAAUCGUGCGAUCCAAAUCAAACCCAGAUAUAACAUUACGUGCACCGGCAGAUAUCGUAAUCAAGCCUUCUUCCAAUCUGUCAAAGGAAAACAUAGAUGCGUUUGAAAGUCUGGAGGCUAUGCUUAGUGACCUUGCGACGUCCCUAGACCUGCCGAGCUGAUGAAGUGAAUCAUUUUUUGUACAUUAAUAUAUAUAUCGUCUUCCAAAAAACACCUUCCGUGUUCACGGACGAGACUUGAUAUUGUUCAGAUUGGUUUCACUAUUACCGUUGUGUGCAUCAUUUAGCUUAUAUUUGCAAACGUUACAUGUAGCACUAAAAAUCGCAUUUCCAUAAAAGGCAGUUCAUAUCAUGUUCACUUUGUUAAUUAAAAUCUGUUGCUAUUCAUUAAUCAUCUCAAAUCCCAUGUGUAUCACUUCAGUAAUAACGUUGUAGAAUAAUAGAAUCUCAGCCGGAUAUAACAAAUGUCAAGGUGGUUCUGUUUGGACCCAGAAUUAGAACCUUGUUGUUGGAACAAUAUCUUAUAAUAUUAAUCUUUACACCUGUUCUCGAAUGGUUAGUACGUGAUGUCGACGACAUGCAUACAACAGUAUCUAUUUAACGAAUGCAGCAUUUAACACAAACCAGUUUGCAAUUAUUGAUAACACGCUGAGUGGUUGUGCGUUUUCCAUCUAGUACAGGAAACAGGAAAUUGUCGCCGCAGCACGCUCGUGCCCCGCGUCUAGUCAUCGGCUGACCGUUAUUGUUAGGUGAUUUUAACAAUGAUGGGUAAAGUGAAUCCAUCAGUUGACCAUGUUAUCAAUUUACGUGCUGAAAUUAUUUUCUGGACAAACGAGGUUCGGGAAAAAUCAUUAAUAGCAUAGAUGCUUUCACUUCCCACCGAUUGGAGCACUUGCGCGGUGACUUCACAGCAUUCAUUUAUAGGUUAUGCAAUCGAUUAUACACCUUGCGUUAAGUGGUAAUGAUCGAUUAUAACAUUUUAAUUAUUAUGUUGUAACACUCAUGUCUUUUUUUUAAAUUAUUUUAUCAUUAACCGGUUUUAUGAUCUUUUGCAUGACUAAAUACCCAUAUACAGUCAAGCCUUUCUGAGAGACCACCCGGGUGUUAGGGGCCACUUUUAAUUAUAUUUCUUGCAAACAUAUACAUGUAUAAGCAAAUUGAACGUGCAUGAAAACACCACUUGCAUUUUUUGAAAUUCAAAAAUGUGGUCUCAAAGUGUAGAUUUUAAAUGCACUUUUAAAACUUACUUUCUACUUUCCUGUAAAUGAUAUUUUUACACAUGCAAAGCAAAAUAUCGCAUUUUUAAGUUUUAAAAGGAAAAGUCGCUAUGUUUUACUUUAUCCUCUAUUUUCCCUCUACUUCUCACAUAACUGAAUAUCACUUUAGACUGUUUUUUAUUGAUCAAUCUAAAUAUAUAACUAAAGACAUGUGACUGAAGUCGACAGCAGUUGACGAAACAAUUCAAAUUUGUAUCGUCAGUAUACAUUUGCAAGCACUAAUUAUGAUUAUAAGGAAUAAGUUCUAAUCAGAACAAGAGGCCCAAGAGGGCCUUAUUGCUCACCUGAAUAUUUAAGCAGUCAUAGCAAAACGUUCUCAUUAAA